AUGAGGACCUGGCUGCCUCGACUCAGUCGUCUGAACCUUGCCACCCAAUGGCUCUUUCUUUUGGCCAUGUUGGUCUUCUUCAUCUUCAUGCUGCCCUCCUUUAUGAAGGAGCCCAAUACAAAACCUUCCGGGGAUCAGCACGUGCUCGGCAAGGAGAGGAGUCCGGAGUCACUCCACAAGGCUGCAUGGCAGGCUGCCACCACGGGAGGAAGGACAAUGGCCCCAGGGGGGGCGUCAGCGCAGGAGAACAGCAUGCAGGCCCCCCCGGCCCAGGCCACACCCCGCCCCACCCACAACGACACCAGAGCAGAGGCCAGCGUGGCCACCUCAGCUGGGCCGGCCCCACCGAGGGGUCAGGAGAGGAAGGACACCGUGCUGGACACGCUGCCUCUGAGGGGACAGGACAGGACGGCGGCCUCUGACGGGGCAGAGACACUGUCGCUGAGGAGUCAGGAUGCCGGGGCCAUCAAAGGCAGGCAGGGCCACAACAAGGAGCCCACAGCCACUAGGCCGGAGCCCCCGAACCCUCAGGGCAAAGCGCAGACCACAGCAAGGACACCCGUGCCGAAAAGUCAGGCCAAGGUGCUGACGAGGCCGGGGGCGGGGUCAACGGGGAGGACAAUGAAAGGAGUGACCACAGCGGUCGUCGCCCCCCGGGAGACAGCCCGGGCCACGCCACCCUCCACCCCUUCCCAGAGCCGCACCACACAGAGAAGUCUGCGGGCCACCAACUUCAAGUCUGAGCCCCGGUGGGAUUUUGAGGAACAAUAUAGCUUUGACACGGGAGCCCUAAGAUCGACCUGCCCCAACUCAAUGAAGGUCAAGGCCUCCAAGUCACCCUGGCUCCAGAAACUCUUUCUGGCCAACCUCACCCUCUUCCUGGACUCCAGCCGCUUCAGCCAGAGAGAGUGGGAGCGCCUGCAGCACUUCGCACCGCCCUUUGGCUUCAUGGAGCUCAACUACUCCUUGGUGCAGAAGGUGGUGACUCGCUUCCCUCCGGUGCCCCAGCAGCAGCUGCUCCUGGCUAGCCUCCCCGCUGGGAGCUCCCACUGCAUCACCUGUGCCGUGGUGGGCAACGGGGGCAUCCUGAACAACUCCCACAUGGGCCAGGAGAUAGACGACCACGAUUACGUGUUCCGACUGAGCGGAGCCAUCACUAAGGGCUAUGAACAGGAUGUGGGCACCCGGACGUCCUUCUACGGCUUCACUGCCUUCUCCAUAACGCAGUCUCUGCUUGUCUUGGGCGGUCGGGGUUUCCCGCACGUGCCCCUGGGGAAGGAUGUCCGCUACCUGCACUUCCUGGAGGGCACCCGAGACUAUGAGUGGCUGGAAGCGCUGCUUCUGAAUCAGACCCUGGUGAAAAGUAGCCUUUCCUGGUUCAGGCGCAGGCCCCAGGAGGCUUUCCGGGAAAGCUUGCAGCUGGACAGGUACCUGUUGCUGCACCCAGACGUAAUUCGUUACAUGAAGAACAGGUUUCUGAGGUCGAAGACCCUGAACUCUCGCCACUGGAGAAUCUACCGUCCCACCACGGGGGCCCUCCUGCUGCUCACAGCCCUUCAGCUCUGCGACCAGGUGAGCGCCUACGGCUUCAUCACUGAGGGCCACGAGCGCUUUUCUGAUCACUACUAUGAUAAGUCCUGGAAACGAACGGUCUUUUACAUCAACCAUGACUUCCCGUUAGAGAGAACACUCUGGAAGCGGCUGCAUGAUGAAGGUAUAAUCCAGCUGUACCAGCGUCCCAUAAUUUCCAAACCAAAGAUGUGACUGGAGCCUGGGCCGC